UGUUCUUAGCUUUGAAUACAUAGUCUUGUACAUCAUAACAACCAAAACCCAGGCUCCAGUUGAAGUUGUUGUUGUGGGUCUCAGCUAUUGUAUGUUUCCAUAUAAUUGUGCAGGGCUGCUGUUACUGCUAAUCGAGAAAGGAGUUAAGGAAAGAGCAGAAUGCAUGUCGCAACACAGUGCAUAAUAUGCCGUUUGAUAAUCAUCGUACAUAUAUGCAUAUUUUUGGUUUUCUGCACUGAUCACCAAAGUGAAGCAGUGUUUCACGCGGAUGAAGAAAAAGCAACAUUAAUAGUCGAUAAUCCGUGCCGAAAAUAUGGAUGUCUUUGCGAAAGUAGUACGAUAGCAUGCUUCAAUGUGGAGCCCGAUGGACUUGAUCAGCAUAUUCUCAAGCUGGUACCAGACGCCCAUAAUAUUUCCUUCACUAAGUGCUCGCAGAAGCAUCUCAAUCUGCAUAUAUUCGAAAACUUUACUUCACUGCGUAGCAUUGCAGUUCAUGACUGUAAUAUACAACAACUUUUUCCGUCUGCUUUGGAUUCUCUGCAAAGUUUGCGUGUUCUGAAUCUGAGUCGCAAUUAUUUGUGGAACUGGAAUGAAAUUUGUAUAGUCCUGAAUCAAUUAUCGUCGUUACAAAUAGUUGAUUUGUCGCGUAAUUGGUUCUCCAAGUUAUCUCAUACUGACCAGUGUGUAGUCAACAAACUGCAACACCUCAGUUUAUCGUUCAAUCAAGUUUCAGAGUUAUCUAUGGUGCCAAAUGUAAUAUCGCUGGAUGUAUCUUCAAAUGGAUUGAUACGGAUAUAUGGUGAAUGGCCGUUUUCGUUAGAAGAUUUAAAUUUAUCGAAUAAUCCUUCAGUGGAACGAUUUCCUUCGCUUUCCUUAAUCCCUCAGUUAUCUAAUUUAAACAUGGAUAAUUGUGGAUUAACAGUUUUACCAUUAUCCAUUUCACUGAAUUUACGGCAUCUGUCACUGCAGUACAACAAGUUGACUUUUAUUGAUUUCGAUUCGGUUAACUUACCUUCACUGCAAAAGUUGGAUUUGAGGAACAGUUUCCGAUUACAUAGCAUUGUUGGUAUGUUACCUACCAGAGUAAGGGAUUUCCGCUUGACAAAUACACAAAUGAGAUAUCUGCCGCCAGAUUUCUUCAUAAGAGCAAAAAGUCUUCGUUUUGUUGAGAUCAUGCCAAAUAAUUGGAGCUGUGAUAAUUGCCUCAACAAGUGGGCAAAGAUGCUACCUUUCAAACUGCGACCACAGAUGGGUUGUGCAGAUGAUUUGCCUAAUAACUGCUCUUUAGGUAUUUCGAAGCGAGUUAAGCAAGGUGCUAAAUAUAUUUUAAGAGUUCCUUAUGCAGAAGCAGCAAUUCUGCCAUGUGAUGCAUAUGGUGAGCUACCAUUGUUCAUUAAAUGGUGGCUAGUUAAACCCAAGGUUUUGAUUGGGAGUUAUAAUUUCGAGAAUCGGAUUAUUAUAAUGAAUUGGAGUCGGAAUGGUACUUAUGAAAUUAUUCCUGGCGGACUCCUUCUUAUCAAUAUUGCUCGAAAAGAAUUGGUCGAGCGAUACAGAUGUGUGGUGUCGAAUUUAAAAGGAAACGCUUCACAACUAGUACACUUCCGUUUGGAUUAUUCAAGUUGGUUCCGUUUGGAGAUGGUGAAGUCGGUGUUUUGGGGCAGCAUCCUGGCUGCAGUGAUUACUUGUAGUAUCACUUUCAUAUUCAAUUUACUCUGGAUCACCUGUCGGCAUAUUGGUUUAUGGUGGAUCAAAAGAAUUGAGCGAAAUUCACAUGUUCGUGAAAUGGUCGCUGCUGUAGAAAGGUAUAGACAACGGCAAAUGUGUAUGCUUUCUGAAACAUAUCAUAAGAAAUUGGAGCAAAUACGAGACAAUUAUCGCCAACAGGUUGGCCAGCUAUGCUCGUCCUAUACAUCACAGUCAGAGAGAUUUCGUGAUUAUCGAGCAGCGCAAAUGGAAAGCAUGAAUCAUCAUUUGGAAAAUAUACGCGACAAUUACAGUCAGCAGAUGUGCAAACUGCGAGAUUACGGCUCGAAACGAGUUGAACAGCUUUGGGAGGGUUAUGAGCGUCAAGUAAAUCGUCUCAGAAUGUUCUCAUUGCAUCAACGUUUGAGUUUGAUGCAUAAAUAUAAAGUGAAACAGCAAUAUCUGAAUAAGCUUGUGGCGAAAUUUGCUGAUAAUCCUCAGUUAUUCAUGAAACCAGAGCCAGAAGUUAUCUUGAUGGAUUCAGUGCGUGAGUUAGACAUCCAAACGCAUCGACGAAUCCGGUCAUUCCAUUCUCUCCCGGAAUAUGUAUUGCGCGAGGAUGACAUGUCAGGAACUUUACGGUCCGAAAUGAUCCGGGAAUUUCAUGAUCAAAAACUGUUUAUGUUGGAUGCUUAUGAUGUUAAUCACGAGGCACCUUGCUGUUCGAAACAGCUUCAGAGUAAAAGAGGAUCAAAUACGUUGGAGUUAAUAGAACUUCGUCAACGAUAUUCUCCGUCAAAUGUAGAUAUCGCAAGUGACAACUGGACUCUCAACCUCAAUGAUGAAAGUGAACCUUUACAUAAUGAUGGCAGCACCUCUCCCAAGUAAUAAGUCUAGAUAUCUUCAUUUCAUGCUUAUUGUUUUUAGUUUUAUAAAUGAAUACAUAAUUAGAGAGCAUUUCAGUUUACAGGAGUUUUAAUUUUCUAUUCAAUGUAAAUUUUCUCUAUCUUUCAUAAUUUAGUUGUUUUAAGACUGAUUUGCUUCUACGCAAGACCAGUAAAUCGUAGCUGCCAUAUUUCCAAAAGUUGUAUGCCUUAGUUUGUAAAAAUUU